AUGCUGCGUGGCCUACCUCGAGUGGUCGAUCCAUGGUGGUUCAGCCGUAAUACCCUUGUGGUGCCUAGCUUCCAUGCCGCCCGGAGGAAGCAUGAGUGCCGGAGUACUGCCAGGUUGCUCAGACCUGGACAGGAGCAGUUGAGAUACAGAGGUCGGGUUCUAACCACGGGCCUUCCGGUCAGGUUGCUACGGCAGAUGUUUGAGAAAGUUCAUCCAGAACACACAACAUUUAUUGAAACAAAGCGCAAAGAGAGAGAUGAGCGGCGCGAAGCCCGUCUUCGAGAACAGGCCGCUAUAUGUAUACAGCGGUUUGAACUUCUCAUACGUCAUAUUAUGUCAACGAUUGAAACGGCAAAGCCUGAUAUUUCUUUUCUUGCACUGGCGCUCCGGAAAGCAACUUUGCUAGAUUGGAUAUCUGUGACGAAGUGGAUAUUCGUCUACACAUUACACUAUUUAUCCGAACUUGAUCCUUGCACUCCAAGCGGUUCAAGGCUGCUCAGUUUAUUCCUCUCGUUCCUGUUAGUCGUUACAGAUUAUUCGUGCUGGAGCUUUUAUGAUGAAAAGUUGAAAUCUUCAAUGCAACAGCUGAAUGCUGUCCUUCUUGACCACAUGAUACAGUAUCAGCUGUAUGAGAAGCUCCACCUUCUACUCUGUAAAGGUCUUGCAAGACAUACCCCAGCAUUUACCAGCACUUCUUUGACCGGCCUAUUCACGCUUGCUGUGCGUCCGUUGCUGUAUUCAAAUUUCAACAAGAGCAAGCUGAUUAUAUUUACUUCUCAGAUUCUAACCGUCCCCGGUUUAAUUCUGCACGUUAGUUCAAUGAUGAAUGAGUCCUACGAUAUCAUCGUGAAAGAACGGUUGUGUUCAAAAGUUAUCCUACUCUAUCACAACCAUGCAGAAGAAUUGGAGCUACUGGUGUCCUCCGUCGAAGGACCUUACGUAUUGUGCUUCAUUGCCAAUCUGAUACAACUCAGUCUACUUGAAGAAGAGGUGAUUGCGCUCCACUGCUCUGAGUUUUGUGUGGUGUUGUCAAAGCUUAUGCGCCACUUGAGUAACUAUGUGGGGAGUAAAAAAUCCAAUCUCUCCAGCUGGCAUCCAAUUCUGGGUUGGUUUGCACAACCUCUGGAUAACUCUCUACAGUCUGCUAUGCUGUUCGUUACGAAGCAACUGCGCCUUUUAUGGAACAAUCGAAUGGUCCGUCUUCUUUUCGGGGACCUGUACGCUCAGACUGAAUUGGAUGAAAUUGCUGGAGCAUCUAGCGGAGCCUCUAGUUCUGCGAAAACUCAUUCUGGGACCGCGCCGAAAAGUGGGCGAUCACACAUCGAACUUUAUGCCGGUCGUGUACGCCACGAGUUGACACAUUUCUUCAAUCAACUUGCCGGUGGCAAACUGGGCAAAAGCAAAAAGCAUUCGAACUCACUUUCUCUCUAUGGACCCCACACCAGUCUGUAUGGACCGCAGGACUUGCCCAGAUCACUCAAAGCUGUUUGUAUGUUGUAUUGUUUCAACGUCGGAAGCCUCAGAGAGAUCAAGAAUGAUAUUUUAGCGGGCCUGUCGCUUGGAGACUUACUUCCACGGCUCUGGCGCCUUAUCGCUCGAUGUGGAAGUGUGGUUGACUGGGUGAAAAUACUGACGGAUUCGAAUCCUGUCUGGCAUUUGGAACCCCACGCCUCCCACUUGAUGCACAUUUUUACCGCUGCAGCCAGUAAUCUGCUCAGCAUCCUGGAUGAUGUCGAACUCUUCCAGUUGAACAAGUCUUUCUCUGUCGAUGAGCUUUGCUCCAUGGGAACCUUUUUCAACCAUCUUGUUUAUGAAACUGUCAUGGCAGUCCCCGAUCCGUGGAAGUUAUGUAGUGGUAGCGGGACAAACGCAAAAGACGCUUCCACCACCAAGGCAGAGUGUUCUCCAUCUCCACUGUCCGUGACCACCUUCCCCGAUCUUUUCUCCAUGUGUCUGCGAUUACUUUCUAUCAUCCACGAACGUGAUAGCCGCUAUCAGUUCACCCCUGCGAAUUUCUGGCUUCUGUCGAAUCUUAGAAUUUCGACACUGUUAGCAGAUUUGCGCAAGCCAAAACCUCAUGCACUGUUCCUACUGAAAAACGUACCUCACAUCAUACCCCACAAGGAGCGUGUAUUGUUGUUCCGGGACCGUGUACGAGACGACAAAGCCUCGUUGGGUGUACAAACACGAAUGAACUGGUUGACCGACGAUGGACCAGUGGGUGCCGUGAUUACCGUCCAUCGAAACCGACUAGUCGAAGAUGGAUAUCAGCAACUGGCUAAUUUAAACUCAUCUCAGCUUCGCAUGAAAAUCCGCGUUCAGUUCGUUAAUGAGAUGGGCUUGGAUGAGGUGGGUAUCGAUCUUGAUGGGGUGUUCAAAGAGUUUCUCGAAGAAACUCUUCACCGAGUUUUCGACCCCAGUCUGAACCUUUUCCGUGUCACCAGCGAUCAACGUCUCUACCCUUCGCCAUCUUCCCAUGUCCAGGACAAUCAUCUGAUGUUGUUUGAGUUUUUGGGGAAAAUGCUUGCCAAAGCAAUUUACGAAGGUAUCGUAGUUGACGUUCCGUUUGCCAACUUCUUUCUCACCCAACUAUUGGGUCGCGAGAAGGCGGGUUGCUACAGUUUCUUGGACGAGUUAGCCACGCUGGACAAGGAACUAUACAAAAGUCUCAGUUAUAUAAAGCACUACGAUGGUGAUGUAGCCGACUUGGAAUUCACCUAUUCUUAUGCAGAGGAUUCUCUCGGACAAAUGGUUGUGCAUGAUCUCUGUCCCGGUGGCCGCUACAUCACCGUCACGAACGACCUAAAGAUAAGUUAUGUCCAUCGCGUUGCCCACUUUCGUAUGUAUAAGCAAAUUCGUGCUCAGACUGCCUCGUUCAUUCGUGGGUUUUACUCUAUUCUCAAUCCCGAUUGGUUGGCCAUGUUUUCUCCCCCCGAGCUGCAAAAACUAAUCUCUGGAGAUAGUAUAUCGGUGAACAUUGAGGACCUCAAACAGAAUACACGUUAUUCCGGUGGAUUUCAUAGCAAUCACCGUGUGAUCAAAUGGUUAUGGGACAUUCUUCGACGUGACUUCUCUGAUGCCGAACGUGGCCUGUUUCUAAAAUUUGUCACCAGUUGCUCGCGGCCGCCUCUGUUGGGCUUCGCCAACCUGGAACCCCCGUUUUGUAUCCGCUGCGUCCAAUACACAAACGAAGAUCAGGACGUUGGUGACACACUCGGAUCUGUUCUAAAGGGCUUUUUCGGAGUUGGUGGGCGGCGUGAAGAGAUAUCCAGAUUGCCCACGACGUCCACUUGUUUCAAUCUGUUAAAGCUGCCAAACUAUUCCUCCAGGAGCGUGCUGCGCGACAAACUUCGAUACGCAAUCCACAGUCAUGCAGGUUUCGAGCUUUCAUAACCGUGAUUUCAGUGCAAUAGGCUCCUGUUACUUUCCUUUCAUCUGUAUAUACAUCAGUUCUUCAUCCCAGUGUAAUUUGAAAUAUAAUUUACCUUGCCUUUCCUGGAUCUCAUUACCCUUUCAAGUGUUCAGAUUCCUUAGCUUCCAGUGGCAUUUCACAACAGCACUGACCAGCGACCUUCACAAAUG